AUGAGUGUUAUUCGUGGCGAUAGACCGGUGUGUAUUGGUGGAGAAGAUAUGGAUUUAAUGUCAAUAGGUGGAACAUCUAAAGAUUCUUAUCUGACAUUCGCAACACUUUGUGAUGGUUUUAUCGAUCAUAUGAGAACCGAUUCGUUUAACUACACAGAUGAAACGGACUGCGACAAUUGGCUUUGCGACAAUGUUUAUUCACGAUGUAAUGGAAAAUGGAACUGUCGAAAUGCAAUCGAUGAAGCUAACUGUCCUUAUAAUCCAUGUCGCCCAAAUGACCAUCCAUGUAUAUUAUCAUUUAGUCACAAUUUUAUUUGUUUACCUCUCUCGCAAAUUAAUGAUGGUCAUAUCGAUUGUUUAGGUGGCUAUGAUGAAUUAUAUCGUUGUGGAAUGAACUUGGAAAUAUGUGGACGUAGAAGUCAUCGUUGUUUUAACGAAACAAAAUGCGUUCAACCUUAUGAAAGACGUGGUAAACUAUUUGGACAAUGUUGGUCGCGUGAUGAUCAAGAAUUAUGGUGUCGGAAGCUUCAAAAUUCAUCACGUCCAUCGCAAUAUGAUGUUGACUUUCAAAAACCAUGUGAUUUUGACUAUCAUUUUACCAGUAUCAAUCAGGUUUCCUCCUGUGUCGUGAUUUUUUUCCGUCCAAUUUACAUUGAAAAAUCAUGCGAUCUAUCCUUCUAUUGUGGCAAAAUCUGCGAAUAUAAUUGUAUGACAACAACGACUACAGAAACAAGUUCUUCUAAUCUAUUCGAUUCAGAAUCGGAAUAUUCUUUUCCUGAGCUAACUGAUAUUUGCUAUCGUGGAAUUCCUGUAUAUGUCAAUAAUUUUACAGAAAGUUCUUGUUUAUGCCCAUCAGCCUAUUUCGGGCAUAUAUGCGAAAAGCAAAAUCAACGAAUUAGUCUUACAUUACAUUUUCGAACAGUCGAAUGGCGAACGGUAUUCACUUUUGUAAUAAUGUUUGUUGAUGAAGAUAUAAAUAUUCAUUCAUGGGAACAAGUGGAUUAUUUAUCCGUACGUGAUUGUCGAAAAAAAUUCAAUCUCUAUCUUCUUUACUCAACACGACCAAAAGUUACCAAUCAAAUCUAUUAUGUACGUAUUGAUACCUAUCAUAAAGAAAAACUCGAAUAUUAUAUUACUAUGAUCUACCCCAUCCGAUAUUCAUUCUUACCAGUAUAUCGUCUUGCAUUGCAAGUCGAUGUUCCAAUACCGGCAGGUGCAAUGAAUGUGAAAAAGUGUCCUUUGAAAUGCUCACAUGGGCAAUCUAAAAAGUUUUCCAACUCUGAUGAAUACUUCUGUCAAUGUUUUGAUGGUUAUUCUGGAAUUCUAUGUACAAUAAAGAAUAAAUGUGAUUAUUCAUCAGAUUCAAUCUGUAUCGCAGUUGUAAAUAAUCGAUCAUUAUGUAUUUGUCCUCUUAACAAAUUUGGGCCACGUUGUUAUCUGAAAAAGACAUCAUGUAUCGCUAAAUCGUGCCCUGUUAAUGGUCGAUGUAUUCCAGGUGAUGAAAAAUAUGCUGAAAAUGAAUACUUUUUUGUCUUUGUUCUGAAGGAAUACUAUUAUGGUAGUCGAUGUCAAUUUACUACAACAGGUUUUGGUUUAUCAUUAGAUGAUAUUUUUGGUUAUGAUAUUUUGCCAAAUGUUUCAUUCUCACGACAGCCAACAGUCGUAAAAAUUACUACAGCUUUUACGAUAAUCAUACUCGUUCUUGCCAUUAUCAAUGGUACUUUGUGUAUCACUACUUUUCAGACCAAACGAUCACUUGCAAUUGGUACAGGGUUUUAUUUGCUUCUAGCAUCGAUUACAUCUCUUUUAACAAUAAUAUUAUUUGCUCUCAAGUUUCUCUUUCUUCUCCUUUCUCAAAUAUCAAUAGUUACUAUUUAUCAUUUUCUUCGAUCGAACUGCUUAUUUACGAAUAUGCUACUGACACCAUUCUUUGCCAUCGAAGAAUGGUUAAACUCAUGUGUCAGCAUUGAACGAGUAUUGACCGUUAAACUUGGUAUCGAAUUUGAUAAAACAAAAAGUAAAAAAGCAGCUAAACGAGUCGUUCUUGGAUUAUAUCUGUUCGUCUUGGCAAGUUUCAUUCAUGAUCCUUUUCAUCGUGAUUUAUUAGAAGUUACAGAAGAACAACGAACAUGGUGUAUAGUUUUUUAUUCACCAUCUAUGAAAAGAUAUGCCUCAUUUAUUCAUAUUUUUCAUUUUAUUCUACCUUUCUUUAUUAAUUCUAUGUCUAUUGUAUUAUUAAUUAUUUUAAUGGCUCAAAAAAAAUCAAAAUCUCAUCAACAAAAAACAUACAGAAAACAUUUAUCCGAACAAUUUCAUCAACAAAAACAUCGAUUACUAAGUUCUGUUGUCUUAGUCAUCAUUGCUAUUCCACGUCUAAUCAUUUCAUUUGGCUCUGAAUGUAUGAAAUCUGUACAAAGUCCAUGGCUAUAUCUUAGUGGUUAUUUUAUUCCCUUUAUGCCACCAUUGCUUGUAUUCAUAAUUUUUGUUCUACCAUCAGAAUUCUAUAGAAAGGAAUUCAACGAAGCUACUUUACGUAUUAAAAAAGUUCUUCAAAGUCAAUUUCGUCGUGACUAA